ACAAAUAAAAAUAUAUGAGUACACGACAGAAAGAACGAAUUAUUGAAAACUGGAGUUUACAUUAUGCAAGUUAGGACAUGGCUGGUAACUAUAGGAGUUUUUUAAAAUUGAUAGAAUCUUGGCCAUUAGAUAAAUCAAAACUUGACAGGGAUUUAGGUCAACAUAUUCGUGAUCAAGUGAAACUUUCUUUUUCAAAAGGUGAUAUUACUACUCCAGUGGAUCAAGAACAGUGUGACCGAUAUUAUGCAAGUUUGAAAAGGAUCGUUUCUAAUCAUUAUGGACAAAUAUACACACGUAGUUUCACAAGCACUGCAAGUGGCUUAACAGCAGAACAAUGUAACAUUGCAUUAAGUCCUGAGAUGAAAGAAUUUCUUGAAGAAGAAGGAAAGUAUUUCGGUAUAAAACGUAUGUUAAAUAAAUAUAAAGAUGAUUCAAAGGAAUAAUUAUAAGAUUAGUUUAUUUUACUUAUACGCUUUAUACAGUAAAAAAGUAUAUCAUGAGACAAGAACACAAGUUCAUUGCUUAACAAAAAUUAAUAAACAAAAUGUAAUAAGCAAAAGAUAUUUUAGUCAACAAAAAGAUAUACAGGAACAAAAUAUAAUUAAAAAUAGUAACGAACACAUACCUGUCAUGGCCAAAGAAGUCAUACAGUAUUUACAACCGUCUCCGGGUAAAAUCUAUGUAGAUAUGACCUUUGGUGCUGGAGGGCAUUGUAAACAAAUUUUGGAAUCAGCACCAGAUGUUAAAAUUUAUACACUGGAUAGAGAUCCGGUUGCAUACAAUAUUGCACAAGAGUUAUCCAAGAACUAUCCUGAACAAGUAAUACCUUUAUUAGGAAGAUUUUCUGAUUUACCAUCAUUACUUAGUGAACAUAAAGUUGAAAAGAGAAGCAUCGAUGGUUUUUUAUUUGAUUUUGGAUGUUCAUCAAUGCAAUUUGACGAUGCAGAAAGAGGUUUUUCUUUGUCAAAAGAUGGACCUUUAGAUAUGAGAAUGGACGGUUAUAGAUGUCCUGAAAAUCCAACUGCCGCAGAUGUAAUAGAGAAAGCAGAUGAGAUUGAUUUGUAUCAGAUAUUGAAAAUUUAUGGACAAGAAAAGAAGGCUAGAAAGAUAGCACGUGCACUUAUUGAAGCAAGAUACAUGUUUAGAAAAUUAGAAACAACUAAAGAAUUGGCUCAGCUUGUUGAAUCUGCGCUUGAUAAUGAAGUCAGAAGAGAUCAAUUGGGUAGAUUCUCACAUUGUGCAACUAAAACAUUUCAAGCCUUUAGAAUUUUUGUAAACAAUGAAUUAAAUGAGAUCAAUUAUGGCAUGGUGCUUGCAAACAAUUACUUAAAAGUUGGUGGUUGUUUGAUAACAAUAUCUUUCCAUUCAUUAGAAGAUACCAUUGUUAAAAGGCACAUGACAGGAAAUAUAGCAGAUAGUGUGGCCAAUACUAUACCAUUGAAAUAUCUAAAUCGUAGUAAGACUUUUAGUGUUAACGAAUUACAAAAUUUAGUCACGUCUCCAUGGAUAAUGCAGCAUAAGCAUGUAUUGACACCAUUAUGUGAGGAAGUCGAUAAAAAUCCUAGAGCUAGAUCAGCAAAGUUUAGAGCCAUUACUAAAGUUAUAUAAGUUAUAUAUAAAAUAAUGAAAUAUUGAUUUUUUUUUUAGAAAUAAUACUAAUGUGCUCUUGUCAGUU